CACGAGCUUCAUCAGAUCCCUCUCUUUUAUGACUCUGCAGAAGCAGACACAAUAAUCGACAUACAAAACAAUUGUCCCUUCACGGUAUGGGCAGCAGCCGUCCCUGGUGGAGGGCAACGACUCGAAUACGGUGGAACAUGGAAAAUCGAGACAAACACUAAAAACGGUCGUAUUUGGGGACGAACCAAUUGCAAUUUCAACACAUUAGGCAAGGGUCAAUGUCAAACGGGGGAUUGUAAUGGACUACUUGAAUGUCAAGCUUAUGGUACACCCCCAAACACUUUAGCCGAAUACGCCAUUAACCAAUUCAACAAUACUGAUUUCUUGGGCAUAUCUCUUGUUGAUGGUUUCAACAUCCCAAUGGAAUUUAGUCCUGUGUCCGCGGAUGAGUACUCUGCCAGGAUCACAUGCACCGCGGACAUAAUAGGACAGUGUCCGAAUGAAUUAAGGACUCCUGGAGGAUGCAACAAUCCUUGUACUGUUUUCAAGACGAACGAAUAUUGUUGCACGUCUGGAAGUUGUGGUCCGACCAAGUAUUCGAGGUUCUUUAAGGAUAAAUGUUCAACUUCUUACAGUUAUGCUUUGGAUAGUUCAACUAGUGCCUUCUUUUGUCCUAGUGGAACUAGCUAUAGAGUGGUAUUUUGUCCUUAAAU